UGUAGCACGCCACCAUCCCUUAUUGGGUGACAUCUGAAAGCUCUAGUCCUGAUGGACACUAGAGCAAGCGAGAUACAACCCAUACCCAAAUCACAGUGUGGGCAACGGGUGAGCUGAGACUUGAGUGUAGCUUACCCCGUCCACCAUUUAAUAAAACAUAUAUCGGGUAUUUGUACUUUUCCAUCCAACGGAUGCAGCAGUGAUGAACCCCCAGAUAAUGACGGAUGUCAACGGCAACAGCAAUGCCGCGAACGCAGAACUGGAGGUGAAAAAGCUCCAAGAGCUUGUUCGGAAAUUGGAGCGGCAAAAUGAGCAAUUGAGGACGCGGGCGAACGGUUGCACUGGCAACCCCCACAUUCUACCUCCCUCCCCGGCCUACAUGGCCGGGAGCUACUGCAUACCUAGCCCGUUACCGACGCUACUGUGCCAGUCUUCCUUGGAGUCAUUUUUCCCGUUGGACGAACCGUUCGAAUAUUUCCAUUCGCAUCAUGUUGAUACUGCUCUCGAGACGGAGGCUGAUUAUAUGGAACGUACGGUUCUGGAUGAGGUGGACAUUCUGGACCUAGAUGCUCUAUUCUCAAUUGAAGACUCUGAAGCUACCUGGCUGUAUGUGUCAGCCAAGGCCCGGCUGUGGAGGGAGAGCCUUGUUACCCCCCUCCAGUGGAGCAGACAGGUCCUUGACAGCCCCAGAACAGAGGUGGAGUCGGCCCGCUCACUGUGCCUCAGGUUGGACCAAGUCCAUAGGUGGCGUGGGGUCUUCUCCAGCCACUCUUCCCCUGCCCUCCCCCUGAGACGUGUAGCUGGAGUGUCCCCCCUCAGUGCCUCGUUCUCCAGGUCCUGCCCCACCCCUCCGCCCGCUAACAGACCUGCCUCAUUCUCCUCACCCCUCCAUCCUCUCCUCCACCUGUCCCUGACUCCUGUAGGGAAGGCUGAGAGAAUUCCCACAUUCCUCCCAGCCAAUCACUCAGCCAAUCACAGCCGCAGCCUCCGGCGGUUCCUCCUCAGCCCCCAGUCUUCCAUGGACAGUGAGCUCAGUGCCUCCGAGCUGGAGGAUGACUCCAUCACGCAGGGAUACAAGCUGCAGGAUCUUGUUGACGUCCAGGUCAUGGCUCGUCUGCAGGAGGACAGUCUUCGUCAGGACUACGCCACCACCUCCAUCAACCGCCGCAGCGCCAGCUUCUCCUUCCUCUCCCUUCAGCACAACGGCGAGGCUGACCUGGAGGAGGAAGAGGAUGAGGAAGAGUAUGGGCAGCUACCUCCUCCCCAGCCCCGUCUGACCCGUGUGGGACCCACCCUGCAGCGCGGCCUCUCCCACUCCCACACCUUCUCCAGCAUACGGGACUGGAGGAGGAGCACAACCAGCCUCUCCAGCCCCUCCAGCCCUCAGUACCCCUCUGGAGGAUUCUCCUAUCAGCCCCCACCCCCACCCCAGGCCAGCCCCACACUCAGCACCUACACACCCGAACAACAGGGCUUCAGGCCUGGAUCAGAUAAGCUGCGGAGGAGCAUGCCCAACCUGUUCAGGGCUCCCAGUGUGCCUAGUCCACUGAGCCCAGCCAAUCACAUCGGCUCUCCUUCCACCCUUCGGAACAGUCUGAGCUUCGACUCGUCCAAUGGGCUGGCCAGCAGGCUACAGUCCUCCAUCCCUUCACCCGGUCAGUUGCAGAACAGAGUCCAGAGUGUGGGGAACUUCCAGUCAUUGUCACGGCAACCUCUCAAAGCCACAGCCUACGUCAGCCCCACUGUGAAAGGGCCAGUUACCAUGCCGACCUCCCCCAGUCUGCAGUCCCUGAGCGGCAUCCCCCUCCCCAGUAAACCAGCCGUGGGGGUUGGGGGCACUCCUACACCCCCCCGGAGCAGUCUGCCCCGCCCCGCCUCCUUUAUUGGGACCAGCGCCACACCUCGAAGCAAGAUCGCCCAACCCACACGCAGUUUAUUGACGCCUCCUAAGAGCUUGUCCAGCCUGAGUGCCCUACGAGACGGGAGCUGGAGGGAUGGCUGCUACUGAGAGGGAUGGCUGCUACUGAGAGAGGGAUGGCUGCUACUGAGAGAGGGAUGGCUGCUACUGAGAGAGGGAUGGCUGCUACUGAGAGAGGGAUGGC